AUGGAUUAUUUCUAUUCUUCUGAAUUCCCUCUUCAUGUGCAAGAUUUGAUGGCCCAGAACCGCGUGCCGGGUCUUGCCAUUGCGAUUGCCCAAAAUGAUCAGAUCGCCUCAGAGGGCUAUGGCCAGGCAUCUAUUAAUCCACCAACGCGAUGUACAGCAGACACACUCUUCGACAUUGCCUCGUCUGCCAAAUCGAUGACUGCAGCUGCAGUCGCUUUGCUGGUCGAUGACGACGAAACCUAUCCCGAGGUGCAAUACAACUCUACAAUGUCCAGUCUACUGCCCGACGAUUUCGUACUACCCAGCGUUCAACACACAGAAGGCGUCACGGUGGAGGAUAUCUUAAGUCAUAGGACAGGCAUAGCUCCCCAUGAUAAUUCAUAUAUGAGCCCGCGAGCGACACACCCAGACAAUGCACGUUCCAUCACUCGAAAUCUACGAAACCUGACUCUGGCUGCUCCACUCCGUGCCAAAUACCUAUAUAACAACAUGAUGUACACUGUUGCAACGCAUCUGGUCGAAGUAAAAAGCGGACUCCCAUUCGCCGACUUCCUCCAUCAGCAUUUUUUCCGCCCGCUCAACAUGCAAUCAACUAGUCUACAGCGUGAGGGCGCUCGGGCGAAGGGACUCCAGGAUCGCAUAGCGACAGGAUACAUUUGGAGCAAGGAAACCUCCAUGUACCAUGGAUUCCAGAGCCCAGAUUGCCCAGAAGGUCAAGGUGCGGGAUCGAUUAUCACCAGCGUGAAUGACUUCAUCAGAUGGGUAAAGGCUCUGGUGAAUCGCGAAAACCCUAUCAAUGAACAUGUAUACCAAGGCCUUGUCCGCAUGAGGACCUUGAUGAACCCGGAUGCGAGAAGACUGAAGCCAUUUACAUCGCCAGCUGUGUACGCAGCAGGUAUGGAAGUGUAUUACUACAGGGGACAUAUGGUCAGUGGGCACAAUGGUGUAAUCCCGGGAUUUGCGAGUCGCUUUUUCUUCCUCCCUGAGUUCAAAUUUGGCGCUGUUAUCUUGAGUAAUUCGGCUGGGGGAGGGCCUGUCGCUACUAUAUUGACUCGAGAACUGAUCGAUCGAGUUCUUGGAGUCUCUGACACUGAGCGUUCGCGUCGAAAUCAAGGUAAUACCACCACACUCAGUGCCAACGUUAAGUCUCAAACAGAUCAACCAAAGCAUAAAGCAACAAGGACGACGAGAAAAAAAGACAAGGUUCAACAACUGCGUGCGUCCGUUAUCAGCCAUCCGCAACCGCAGGAAACGCCGCUCGAUGCCUAUAUGGGCAGGUAUUGGAAUUCUGGUUAUCACUUUUUAUCGGUGGAUGUGAAAGAUGAGAAGCUCUUCAUCGAUGCCACGGAUCGCUCGAUGGGGUUUUCGCUUACCUUUGAACACGUGUCCGGGGGAACAAAGUAUAUUGCGCAUUUAGAGGAUUUCUUAGAAGGGGGUGAUGAUCUAGUUCCAGCCAAGUUUAUAUUUGAGGAUGGCCAAGCGGUCCGAUUGGGACUGCAUUUGGAGAAGUCCUUGAAGGACAUGAUUUGGUUUGAGAGAGUCGCGCAUUCAACUAGACAGUCAUAA